AAGGACACUAGCUCCAGCGCGUCCAACUACUUGACUGCCAACCUGGAGACCACGUGACGACGUAAGAACUGUGCCAUUUUAGCUGAAGCGGACAGGAUUUUUCGAUCAUGGAGGUUGUGAGCGGCUUGGUGAGGCCGCUGUGUGUCUUGGGUAUGGACGCUGCCAAGAAGGUAUGGGACUGCAAUGCCAACAUUGAAAGGCUGGGGAAUGCCAUGGCACCCCACAUUCAGGCCAAGAUCGACGCUUUCGGUCGCCACAAGGAGCGAAAUGGACGUGGCUUUAUGUUUUCUGAAGCGGUCGAGGAAUGCUUGGAGCGUGUCAAGAAAUGGAAUAGCAAGGCGCAAGAACUCUUGAGAUCACGCAACAACAGGAUCUGGAGCCCCGUUAGACGGUACAAGCGGAGUGGCAAGAUCAUGGAGUGCUUCAGCUCCUACCAGGAUCUCCUGUCGCAGAUGGAAAGUCACGGGCACGAGCUGAAGGUGGACAUUGCGAUGCUGGAGAAGGCGGCGGCCAGCAUCCAGGCCAUGCUUAACAAGUUUAAUGCUCACAAGCACCGGAAUCCAGAGUUCCGCUACUCUGAUGGAGCCGAGGAGUGGCUUGAUCUUGUCACAAAAUGGAACGACAAGGCGCAAGCACUGCUGGGACCACAGUAAGUUUACACAAGAGCUCUUACAGUACAGCUAAAAGAUCUAUGGAUGUUUCACAGGGAGAAGCGUUGUGACGAGAUCUCAGAGCUGAUACACAGCUACGAGGGCGAUCUCCUUCCGAAGCUUGAAAGGUACGAGCGAGAAGAGUUGAAAGUGAUACAGCC